AUGAAUUUGCGUCAACAAUUGAGUCAAUUCUUGACACUAGCUUAUGUAUUCUCGUCAGCAUUUAUGAUAUGGAAGUCGUUAUCAAUACUAGCUAAUUCACAUUCCCCAAUAGUUGUGGUGUUAUCUGGAUCUAUGGAACCUGCUUUUCAAAGAGGUGAUAUAUUAUUUUUAUGGAACAGAGAUGAGAGACAAAAAGUAGGAGAUAUAGUGGUCUAUGAAAUAGAAGGUAAAACAAUUCCAAUUGUACAUAGAGUAUUAAGAGAACAUCAUAAUCUGGAAAAACAAUUGUUGUUAACAAAAGGUGAUAAUAACGCAGUUGAUGAUUUAUCUUUAUAUGCAAAAAAACAAUCAUAUUUAAAUCAAAAGAAUGAUUUAGUUGGUACUGUUAAGGGUUAUUUACCAUUUAUUGGUUAUAUUACUAUAUUGAUUAGUGAAAAUCAGUAUUUCAAAUUUGGUUUAUUAGGUUUAUUGGGUUUAUCUUCGCUAACUAGUAGUGAAUAA